AGAACUAAAGAUUACGUGGAGUCAGAGUUUGAAUACUCAUUCUAAAAAUAAACCAUAUACGCUGGAACGGAGACAACGAGGUUAUUCCGAUUCGGUAUUCUCAACAUUAGUUGGGUUGGAUUUAUUUGAUACAUCCAGAUCAACAUUAAGUUUCCCAUACGGAUACGAUCCAUUUCUUGCAAAUUCAUCAUUCACACCGGAAGCACACUCAAACUUUCCACAUCUUAACUUAGCAUAUUUUGCUGCUUCAAGCCAAUUUAAUACUGUCGAAUCUGAAUUAAUAAUUCAGUCGCCGGUGACAGAUUUGGACCCGAGCGAUGAUUCUGGUGAUACAUCAGUUGGAUCGAGUUCAGAAACAUCCUCAACCUUUACAUCUGUACAUUCUACGGUGCCAAGCCCAAUUGCAUCUGAAUUAAUUAUUCAGUCACCGGCAAGAACUUCGGACCCGAACGACGAUUCUAGCCCUUUACAAACAGAGAAUUCUCCAAAUUCUGUA